ACAAGCGGCAUUUCAAAUUGCUUCUUUCCAUCAUUCCUCCUGCUUUCCGACCUCCCCACCCUUCGCUGGCGGAAGCCCCUUCUCCUCCCUCAUUUUCCCCACUCCUCUCGGCCCGAGAGAAGCAACCCCUAGGAGAAGGGGAGGUUACAAUCCCCUCCCACCCGCACGAAAGCCUAACCUUAUCCAUUAGCUCCGCCGCGCUUCCCCGCUGCCGGCGAGAUGCCGUUGGGAUCCGCCGCCGAUGGAAAGGAAGGCUGACCUUCCGGCUCCCCCGCCGGCCACCUCUCAGAGCAUCCCGAUUUCCGCUGCCGCGGAUGCUCUCACCUCCUCGUCCUUCUCCUCCUCCUCCUCCGCCUCCGCCUCCCCGCCCGAUUUCCUCCGUCACGUUCAUGCCGCAAUCAAGCGCCACAGGCCUCCUGGUACAAUGCAGUCGAACUUCCCGCGAGCGCGCCGUGUGUUGGUUCCUCAGACAGAGCCAUCGAAGAGCACUACCACAAUCUCUUCCAUGACUGGCAAUAUGUCAGGCAAGAUGCUAUCCCUUUCAGGAGCAGUUAGGACGUCAAAUGUGGCUUGCUGUCAGAAGAAGGAAGGGGCUUCUGGACCAGCAGCAGCGACUCCGCCAGUUAAUCAAGAGGAGUCCUCUAUUACUCCUCCUUCUAUUUCUGGGACUAUUACUAGUACUCGGGAUCACAACAUCAAACAGCUUGGAUCGCAGAAGGACGAUUAUGAAUUGAUGUUUGACAGGGAAAAGUCAGCUUUGGGAAUUUCUUCAUCUCAGCUGGCACCUCCCCAUGUCUCGGUUGAUGUUGAUUUCAAGAAGGACAAAGUUUUUUUAUCUGCUGAUGCACAAUUAACUUUCCAGAGUUCUCUUUAUGCAGGUGAUAAUGCACGAUUGACCAGUGGUAGUAAAAUGGAUGGCAUGUCAACUUAUCUGCAUUCUCUUGCAUUGACAGAAGGGGAGGGUUAUUUGGCAAAUCGGGCAACGCAUGAUCAAGAUCGGAAGCAGCAUGGUAUUGAGAGCAUGGAAGUCUCUGGGAGAGAUGAGCAAAUUUAUGAUCUGCAUCAUGCAGAACCGCUGACUCGGUGUUCAGCUAUGGGCUCAUCAGGUGUGACUACAUUGUCAGUUCACUCUGCUCCAACUUUUCAAAGUACACGGGCUCCGCAGGCUCCAACUCAGAUGUCAUCAUGUGCUGUAGAGACAUCUUCAGGCAUUCUAGAUAAUGUUAUUCCUAAAGAACAAGGGACUGCUGUUAGGGAUGUAGAUUGGCAGCAAAAUAAUCAACAGCUUCUCCAUAUGAAUGAAGCUCUGAAGGAGAGAGCUGUUGCCGGCAGCAAUGCUAGCUCUUUGCCUUCUCAAAUACGAUCUACAAGUAACCCUUCUUCAAGUUUGGAACAAGGGUCUUCUCAAUUAAAUAAGGCUGACAAGGCUCCUCGUAGAAAGAAAUUUGAUCCUGAUGUUUUCUUUAAGGUGAACGGGAAGCUCUAUCAAAAGCUCGGAAAAAUAGGAAGUGGUGGUAGCAGUGAAGUUCAUAAGGUUAUAUCUUCAGAUUGCAUGAUAUAUGCCCUGAAAAAGAUCAAGCUGAAAGGUCGCGACUAUCCUACUGCCUAUGGAUUUUGUCAAGAGAUUGAGUAUUUGAACAAGCUGAAGGGGAAGAGUAAUAUCAUUCAGCUUAUAGACUAUGAGGUGACAGAUAAAAGCUUGCUUCAAGAAGGGUCCAUGAAGAUAAAGGAUGGAAGAAUUAAAGAUGACCAUCACAUUUAUAUGGUACUUGAGUAUGGAGAAAUUGAUCUUGCUCACAUGGUUGCACAAAAGUUGAAGGAGACAAGUAACCCAAGUUUGCAAAUAGAUGAGAAUUGGCUGAGGUUUUACUGGCAGCAAAUGCUUGAAGCCGUUAAAACAAUACAUGAGGAGCGUAUUGUCCACUCUGAUUUGAAGCCUGCCAACUUUUUACUGGUCCGGGGCUCUUUAAAACUUAUCGACUUUGGCAUUGCUAAAGCUAUAUUAAGUGAUACAACAAAUAUCCAGCGUGAUUCACAGGUGGGAACACUGAACUAUAUGUCCCCAGAGGCAUUCAUGUGCAACGAGCAUGAUGCAAACGGGAGCACAAUCAAGUGUGGACGGCCAUCAGAUAUCUGGUCUCUUGGCUGUAUUCUAUACCAGAUGGUGUAUGGCAAGACACCGUUUUCGGAGUACAAGACCUUUUGGGCCAAGUUCAAGGUCGUAACGGAUCGGAACUACCAAAUCAUUUAUGAGCCCGUUUCUAAUCCGUGGCUCAUUGAUCUCAUGCGCAGAUGCCUUGCAUGGGAUCGCAAUGAGAGGUGGCGCAUUCCACAGCUUCUUCAGCACCCGUUUCUUGUUCCUCCUAUAGCACGAGAGCCGUCCCCUGAUCACCCAUGGAAAGCUCUACUGGAGAGGGUUGGGGUAUAUUGGAACAAUCCAGAUGUUUCUAGGUUGUGUUCUGAACUUCAUAAAGUGGUAGCCGAGUGCGAGAAGGCAGGAAGAGUUUCAGCUACUGAUGUGGAGCAAAGCACAUUGUGAUUAUGUUAUGUAGACAUUGUGUUUUGGUAAUCUAGUAGAGAUUAGCGCUUUCUUCCACUGAUGCAGAAAUAUAUGUGCAUUCUAUGUUUGGAACUCUUCUGCUAUGGCUGCUUUCUGGGCCUGUGUGGCCCAGAAAAGUUUUGUGAUGGUUGAUCUAAAAUGACCUCAAGAAGGUUCAAUUUCUGUUAAUGCCCCCCCAAUGAUCAGUGCCUUUCACACAGGUCAUGCUGAGAAAUACUAUUUUCUGCAUAGAA